CAGCUGCGCCUUUGGGGCGAGAGUAGUGUUGGUUUAAUGGCACUUCCUGCAAUUAAACAUGGGGAAUUGGUGAUGUUGAAAGAUUUGCAACCAUCAUCACCUUUCUUUAAGCAAGGAGCAUCACUUAGAAUCACUGGAAAGAUUUUUUCUCAAGGUGGUAGUAAUUCUAUGGGAAAAGGGAGCAAUGUCGCAGCAAGGGGAAUAAGCGAUGGCAUCGGUCGUUGCAGCAGAGUGUUGGACAGAAUUGAUUUGAAGGGUAUGCCUAACCCAUAUUCUGAGUUUGUUGUUAACAUACACUGGUAUUGUGUUUUGUUUCAGAUAAUUCUGCAGGCACGUGUGGGUAGAAAUGUUGAUGGCAUUGACCUCAGCCUUUAUAAUCAAUCGCUACAACUAUUGCGUCAGUUUCAAGCUGACCACAUAAAAAGUCAUCAUCAAAUCAAUUGAAUCACACACCUGGCAGCCAUGUAAGAGCAGCAAUAAUUAAAUCAGUUGUUUAACCUAACCAGUGAGAAAAGAGUAGUAGAGAAAGAAAGCAACAAUGACCUUUUGCAGUGAAGAGAUGACUUGAUGGAGAUAAAAACCAAGGGUUGUCCUGCUGUUUGUUACAGCAGUGAGCUCUGUCCACUGACGAACAUAAAUAUAUGGCAUUUAAACGAAAGCAAAUUAAUAUGAUGGAGAGAUUGUAGAUAAAUGAUCAAGAGUAAAUCAAAAUGAAAUAGCGACAAGAAAAGACGGCCUUGUUGUCGUGAAUGGUUGGGAUAGCCACUGGUUUUGGUAAGAUCGUUAUGUUAUGAAGAUAGCGAGUGGCAGGGGAAGUUUGGACAAAGAGGGAGAUGAUGUUCUGAGAAGGUAAGAUCCAGAAUUGCUGGCAUUGAUUCUCAUUGUUGGUGGUGAUAUUCAUUCUCUCUUAUGUGGCAAUUAUGUCUCGCUAUGGAUGGAGAUAUUCGAUGCUUGAUCUUUUAUUCGUAACUGUAAUUCUCAGGUUAACGAAACAACGACGUGACGUAUAUUGGUCAAACGCUUUGUGGUUGGCAUAGAAACCACAGGACUCUCUGUCAUGCAGUAUUUACUCAUUUCUUAACAUCUCUGAUCUACUACCACAGCCACUUCUCUGCCAUAAACAUUAAGAAGAAACCCAAUUUCUGAUUUCAGAAUUGCAGGCCCACUCUCCCUGAAUGCCAAUUCUGAUGAUAAUUGAUUGAUUAUCUUUCUUCUCCAUGCUUGUCAACUGCGUCUUUUUGUUUUUUCUAUAGUUUUAAAACCGAAAGUUCUAAAACCGUUUAAAAGCGUUUUGGUUUCAAUUCCAUAUCUUUUAUAACUGGAAUCAACAGAUUUGAAACUCAAACUAGAGAUUUGGAGCCGUGGUCAUGCCUGUGCUCAUGCCUACUUCGAGGGGCUAGAAGGCUUCUAGUGACUAAUCAGACCAUACUCGUUGAAGAUCUGAAGAUAGUUCACUCUACUGUAGGAAUCAACCAUUUUUAGAAUGGGAUUCUUGAUAUAAAUUGACUGAUUAGGAUAGGAUUUUUGAUGUAAAUCGGGCAAUUGAUUGUAACUUAAACGAAAUAAUACUUUUGAUAUUCAUUUUCUCAUUUUUCUUUUUUA